AUGGACCUCAUUGGCAAGAUCUAUCCAGCCAGCAGCCAGCAGCCAGCAGCACUGUUUAUCAUUGUUGCCACAGACUAUUUCACUAGGUGGGUAGAAGCCAAGCCUAUUAAAUCCACUACAUCUAAAGAGAUCAUCACUUUCAUGGAAGAACAGAUUAUACAGAGAUUUGGCAUCCCAGAAUCAAUCACAACUGACAGAGGAUCUUCUUUCAUAUCUGGAGAAAUGCUGGAUAUGGCAGAGGCAUUCAAAUUCAGGCUGCUUCAAUCCACUCCUUAUUAUGCUCAAGCUAACGGGCAGGCAGAAUCAAACAAUAAGGUAAUCAUCAACAUUAUCCGAAAAAUGCUUGAGAAGAAUCCAAACUGUUCAGCCCUCAGAAUUGCUCACCAACAUAAUCUGGUAGGAGAAAACUACUCUCAAGCCAUGCUGCUAGAACUGGAAGGAUUGGAUGCAAGCAGAAUUGACACCCUUAAUAAACUCCUGGCAGGAAAGCAAGCUGUGUCAAGGGCCUAUAACAAAAGAGUCAAGAACAAGAGUUUUGAAGAGGGAGAGAUAGUCUGGAAAGCAGUUCUGCCCUUGGAACACAUGUAG